GUCGUGAUAUAUUUGUACCUGCGAUGAUUAACCCAACGAAUACCCACAACCCAUGUUCCAUGAUAAACUAACUUUCGAUAAGAACAAAAAGAACGAGCUGCACACACAUGCCUAGGUCGGAUUCAUCUUAAUAAGACUAUAAGAGUACCUAGCGGAUGCACCAGAAUCUCCCAUUAAAGUGUAUAAAUACCUGCGUUCAACCUCUGCAAAAUAUCCAAAGAGUUCAAACGAGCUAUUACUACUAUAUACCUCUUUCAUACGUUGGUUAUAUACAUAUAUACAAAAAUUCAACUGAGCGUUAUACUAAAUACCGAGCUUCGAAAACACUCCAAAAACCUUCCCCUUCGUGAGAGGAAUCCAAGGGUGAAAGAAUCGUAGAAAACGGUCGUGAAGCGAGAGAGAUAUCACUUGCCGGAGUUUCGCCGGGCUAACCGCAACGACGGAAAACGGAAAAGGAGGUGCUGCCGCCGCCGCCAAUCCAUUCCCGACCAUCGCCGUCCCAGAAGGAUCCCGCUACCACCUCCGUUUCACGCAUCCGUCAAGGUGAAUAUUUAGAGACCGGAUUUGAGAAAGAGAAUUAGGAGCAUCAGGACUUAAGAUGGUCCGGAUUCGGCGAAGAUCUUCAUUCAAGUGCUCAUUGAGGAAUAAUUCAGACCCAUGUUGCAUAGGCUAGGUGCCUUGAGGCCUCGAUGGUAGCAUUCGAGAAUGAAAAUGAGAUGCUAAAAAUUGAAGUGCUGAUCUUGAAGAAAGCAAUAACACCGAGUCCUCGCGAGGGCAUUGAAGCUAGUUCUUUGAAGAUCAAAGUGUGGAGCCCAAGUGUUUGGUGGAUCCAGGAAUGCUAAGGAGUUGCAUAAAUUCUUAUGAGACAUGGAAGAUUACUUUAAUGCGGUUAAAAUUCCAUAUGAGGAAAACAUUUCUCCUAUAUAUUCGGUCGGGGGUGUCAAGCUAUGGUGGCAUGGUAGAAUGACAAAUGACAUCGUUUCGGGAAGACCUGGUAUUGAGUGUGGGAUGGACUCAAGAGAGAAUUGCAGACGCGAUUCCUUCCUCACAAUGUUUCAUGGAUGACCCGAGAGUCAUUGAAUAAAUUGAAGCAUAAUGGGUCAAUACGAGAGUAUGUGAAGGAGUUUUUGUCUCUCAUGUUUGAUAUUUAUAAUAUGAGUGAUGAUGACAAAUUCUUCAACUUCAUGUCAGGAUUGCAACCAUGGAUAUAGGCCGAGUUGAGAAGACUAGUUGUGAAAGACUUGCCCACGGCCACAGUCGAGGUUCCUCGUAUUUAAAAAGUCAUAUUGACUUCAAGGCGAUGGUUCCUCAAGGAAAGAAAGGUGAUCCAGGCAAGAAGGACAAUGGCGGAAAAGUCAAGGCCGGUGGGAAGGACAAAAAGAAAAAAGGAGGGAUGAAGACCCCUUCUGAAGGGGAAGAGAUGGAUAAGACGCAGUGGGGUUGUUGGACAUGUGGUGGUGACCACUUCCAGCGUGAUUGUUCAAGGCCCCUAAGACUAAAGCCAUGGUUGACGAAGAGACCCAAGAUAAUGUGGCUGAUUCAGUACAUUGUAGCCCUAUACAACUAUUGACGAUUAUCAUGGAAAACCACAAUGGGUUGUGAACCGGAGUUUGAUGUACGUGGAAGUACCGAUCAAUGGUGUUAAAAUCUUGGCAAUGGUUGGCACUGGUGCUAGUAAUAAAUUUUUGGCAGAAUGUCUUGUUGCCAUGUUACGACUACAAUUGGAGGAAAACUCAUCUAAGAUGAAGACGAUGAAUUCUGUCGCUAGAGAUGUUACUGUUUGGGCUGAUGUUUCUCUCAAAGUUGGUGAUUGAAAAGGAAUUUGUAGCCCAACUGUCUUGCCCUUGAAUGACUUUAACGUGAUCCUAGGGAAUGCGUUUCCCCUAGCCGCUAAGACAAUAGUGUUCCCUUAUCUAGGUGGAGUGAUGAUAAACGAUGAAGAAAGAGCAGGUUUCGCAAAGGUCGGUAUGCUUGGAUCGCCUUUCUUCCCUUGAGGAACCAUCACCUUGAAGUCAGCAUGACUUUUUGCCCUGACUCUGGUCGUGGGCAAGUCUUUUAAAGCUAGUCUUGUCAACUUGGCCCAUGCCCAUGGUUGCAAACUAGAUAUGAAGUUGAAGAGUUUGUCCUCAUCACUCAUAUUUUAAAUAUUAAGCAUGAGAGAUGAAACUCUGUCACAUACUCCUUUAUUGACCCACUAUGCUUCAAUUUAUUCAAUGACUCCGGAGCCAUCCAACAAACAUUGUGAGGAAGGAAUUGCAUCUCUAAUUCCCUAUUGAGUCCAUCCCACACUCAAUACCAGGUUUCCCUAAAGCAAUGCUAUCUAUCAUUUUGUCACACCACCAUAGUUUGAC